AUGCACGUCUACGAGUAUUUCGACUACCCAACUCGUAUCUAUGAGGUCGAAAAGCAGCGGGUCAGAGCCCAAGCUAAAGCUAUGAAGCUGGCAAAGGAGAAGGAGAGCACAGAGGUCACUGGCCUUCGUCGUCUGGGGAUGAAGCUUAUCUCCGGCUGCCGGAGAAGAUCCAAGUGGUCAUUUCUAUGCACCCGGAAAGACGACUGGUCCGACGGUUGCUGGUCGGAGGAUACUCUCACCGCUCAGGGCGACUGGGACGAUAGCACCAGCCCGCCCGAAGAGUCAAAUCCGUGGGCGGUGAAUGACUCUCCCUCUCCAGGGGAGAGCAGCACGUCUCUCCCAGAAAAUACCUCGGACCAAGGCAAGGAGGCUCGUGUCAAGGACAUGGUCGCCACCCUCCCCCUCGGAGAACGUACCCGCCUCGGCGAUAGAUCCUUCUUCACCACGCCAGCAGCAUACUGCCGCGUAUCCCUGGAGAAGCAAGUCCACUGCCUCGAGAGGGCCUACCGCCUAGCACAAACCAUGCUAUGGAAUGCGCUAGGAACUUACCACCCCGAAGUUCAACAGAGGACAUACCCCCAGGGCCCAUUACAGGUAGCCUUCGAAUGGUCCCUCCUUUCCCCGCUCUUCGGGCACUCAGGAGAUCCCUCAGCAUUGAACGAAAUGUGCGGCCGCGAUGCAGAUACCAUGCACAAAGCCAUCACCGACGUGUCCAAGUUGAGGAAUGCUUUCUGUCAUCCCACGGGGGAGAGAGUGGAAUGGCUGGACACGGUCAUUGCCUACGCGCAGCGACUGGCUGUCCUUACAGGUGACGAAGGGCGUGCUAGCGAGGUGAGGGCUCUGAGGGAUGCAUUGCAAGAGGAAGCACGGAUAUCUCUGGAGGAGAUUGAGGCGGAUGAGGAAGCGAUGGAAUGGCGGUCUUGGCAUAAGGAGACGUUUCAGGAUUUUGCGUUUGGUUCCGAGGAGGAGAAGGCGGAGUGGCCUGUUGCUAUUGCAAAAGUUGCGGAGAGAUUUUGA